AGGGAUGGGCGAUUACCCUGUUUGUAAAAGCUGCGGGGGAGGGGGGAGCGGAGACUGGGUUUGUGGAGCUAGGGCGCUGCGAGGAAGGGAGGAAGUGGACAAGGCGCAGGGGCGGGGCGGGAGCCAGUGGUGAGCGCUUAGUUGCUGCUGCCGGGCUCGUCCCACCCACCUGUCUGCAGGUUUGUGGGGCCCAGGCUCCAGGCGGCGCUCCUGGCAGCAAGAAUCUGGAAAGGGAGGAGGAGGAAGAGGAGAUAAGAUAGGCCCAGGUCGUUGCAGAAAAACAACCAGAAAAAAAAUUUCAUCAUGGCAAAUAUCCACCAGGAAAACGAAGAAAUGGAGCAGCCUAUGCAGAAUAGAGAGGAAGACCACCCUUUGGGAGGAGGUGAAGGCCGCCAGCCUGCAGGAAAUAACAGACGACAGUCUCGCCGACUUGCCCCUAAUUUUCGAUGGGCCAUACCCAAUAGGCAGAUUAAUGAUGGGAUGGGUGGAGAUGGAGAUGAUAUGGAAAUGUUUAUGGAAGAGAUGAGAGAAAUAAGGAGGAAACUUAGAGAGCUACAGUUGAGAAAUUGUCUGCGUAUUCUUAUGGGGGAGCUCUCCAAUCACCAUGAUCAUCAUGAUGAAUUUUGCCUUAUGCCUUGACUUCUACCAUUUUAAAUGAGAUUGAUACUGUGAUUCCCACUGUUUUCAUUGCAUUUUCUUAAUAUGCCUUUAUUGAUCUAUUUGCUGUGAACUUUCUGUUACUUCCAUGUGUCUGGUGGGUCUUGUGUUAUUUACCAGCUUCUAAUUGGAAAUUGCUUUACACGCAUCUAAAUUUCUGUCAGCAGUAGAAUUUUACAUAUUUGCAUGGAAAAAUGUGAAGUUAAUAAAGUACUUAAUAAGCUAUAUAUACAUGUAUUGUGUCCUUUAAAAAUGUAUGUAUAUAUA